AUGAUAACACGAUAAUUCAAACAUUGACACGUCGCAGAGGUCAAGUUUUCUAUAAUAGAUUAAACAGUGGUUAACUUUGCCAGUGUCCCUAGUCUUGAAUCAAUUGCAAUUACCAUGAAUUAUUAAGAUCCAAGUGACAAUCUGACCUCCUCACCACCUCUGGGCUAGCAAAAAAUUCUCCACCUCUGUAAAUAGUAAAUGACACAAAAUCGACACUGACGGAAUUAAUUAAUGCGAAACUGCUGUAUGGUACAAUUAAUUAAUGUAUUACCAAGAAGAAAAUCUAAACAAAGGAAUAAAUUAUAAAUUGCAGUUAUACCAAAUCACAAAGACGAUUUAUCCUUCUUUGUCGGAUUAAAUUCAUUCUGUGUAUCUAUGUCGUCUAUGACAGCCGAACCCACGGCGAACGUAAUCUUAUCUUAUUCUAUCUCAACCGGACGGGUACCUGAUAGUGAUUGGGUACAACAGUCUCUAUUCCAACCAGAACAGAUACGAAAACGAAUUUUUGAAGAUUUUAGUUUCUAAAAGUGAGAAAAAAGCGCCGACGAUUCACACAAGCUCUCGAAUUCUUCGUUCAUCUUUAACUAAUUAAGUUAUUCAAUUAGAAUUGGAUUGAGAACGUCAAAUAUUAAUCAAAUAAUAAUAAUCUCCUACCAAUUUUAUAAACGAAAGAUAAAAUAUUUUUCAAUCACGGUUUCACUGUGAGAUAUUUUCGUAUUGAAAAAGUGCAAUCAUCUACAACUUAUUUGUUUCUUGAGAUAAUUAUUUCGUUAUGAUCAACAACAAAGCAAUUAUUAAUGCUUGAGAGUCUUGCAUUUGACGAAUUUUGUUUUUUGGCCAGUUUAACUAGCGAUUUUAUAGCCCCAAACAGGUCUCGUACGAGAACCUGUUUGUUUUAUUCUCAGUGUACACAGUAAAAUGUGGACGGAUUUUUUAUUUGUUAAUACGCAAAUCCCUGUAGAAAAUAUUUUUCGAUGUCUGGUUUUCAUGCACUUGCUGUUAGGAGUAGGCUAAGACGGAGAAAAAAAGUUUUUCGUUUGAACUCUGUUUAUUUAUACGAUUUUUCAAUCAAUAUGUCAAAAAAACAACACUUUAACUUCAUUUUAAAUUUUGUGUGGAGUGAAUUGAGGCCUACAACCAAUGUUACGACAAAAAUUUUGCUAUUACCCAUAGAUUUGGAGAUAUUGCUAAAAACGCGAGUCAGAGACGAGCGAACUUAUCUCGUUUUACCAUGUCACAACUGAAUAACUUUCAUGAAAUGGAAAGUGUUUUUCCGGAAGAAGCCUUCGAUAAUGUAAUGCUAUCAGUUGCAUUUUCAUUAUUUAUGAAAUUAUUUCACUGAUUACUGUUUCGAUGCCAAAAUGCUCUCAAUUCUUGCGACUUUGGACUCACUACAUACGAAUCUCUUGAAUUUAUCGGUGCAAUUUUCUUUCACAUUUUCAUUUCAUUUGACAUUUCCUUUGACGUUGUCAAUUCAAAAACAAUUAACAUCUCAAGCACUUGACUUCCUUCACAUUCCAGAUAUUAAUACAAAUGAAUCACCAGACAAAUUGGAAAAAAUAAGCAUAGAAAUCUCAUUAGCAACAGAUUUAGAUAAUUUUCCUAACGCUACGUUUUCUCGACGUUCUGGGUUUUUGAUGUAUUUACGACCGUAACAUUCCUCAGAACAUCUAAACAAAGACUAUUUUUAAAAGUAGAAGAAAAUUAGAAACUGCCCACGAAACUAGAACAAUUAUUCACAUUACACCAAUAAUUUAGGAGAAGAAGAAAAAUGACGAAAUUUGAAUCCUUCAAUACUUGGAGUUUUGUCAUCAUAAAUAAUGAAUGAACUCUAAUGUCAAUCGAUGAAGAAUGUCUAUGGAUUACUGAUCAAACUGAAGACUUCCCCAGUUCUUGGUCAACUGUUGCGCAGUGCACAGUGUUCCGUAGUGUUCAUAAACAGUGAAAAACCGUUGGGGAUCGAAAGAUGAGAUUGAGAUAACAUUUUUUUCCAUUUGAAGUUGACCGAUAACAGGAAUAAAAGUGAAAAGUGACCAAUGACAUUAUUGCCAUAACAUUAAAUAUUUUCUUUCGUUUAUGAUAAGAACAACGUGAUGUUGUGAUUAUGGCGUAAAAUUAGAAAAACAGAAAACUAUUCGAUGCGUCAAAUAAAAAUUAGUAAUCACUGGUGAAGCGAUAAAACAGAAUACGUCGACACAUUUUCACGCCGUUCUUAAAUUGCAAUACAGAUGAAUGGAAAUCAGGCAGAAAAACGCCUGGGGAUUCUCUACUCGUUAUCAGCGAUAUUCUCAACAAUGUCCCUGGUAUGCAUCUUAAUUGCCUGGCAACACUGGUCUCGCACCCUGAACGGAUGCGUCGGGAUCGACGUUGAUUGUGGUUGUAUUUUGUACGGUGUUAACUCGUUUAGCACCUUUAUGGGUGGUGACGUCAAGAUCUGCCACUUUGGCGUGUACGGACUCGUCCCAGCAAUUUUUAUGGGCGUUAUUCUUGGAUUCUACCAUGGGUACAGAUCGUGCAUCACGCGGAGUCUUGAUGAGCCAAAAGUUACGAGAGGAAUUAGCUAUUACAAUAACAGGAGUGAUAAUGAAGGUGGUGUGGUUGUAAUAGCUCCCAAGGGUAGAUCGCCCUGUAAACAAUGGAUGACGCCUACUUUCUUAGCUGCAUUGAUCGGUUGUCUGUCGUUGGCACAUGCUGUCGUUGUCACUGACGGAUAUUACAAGACUUGUGAGCAAUAUACGAAACAGACACUUCAAAUGUUGGGAUCCAGGGGGAGAGAAGCUGAGGUGAUACAUAACCGCCUAGGAUGUGGGUCAAUCUUUGAUUUUAUGGAUUACCUUCAACCGGACACUAACAAUUGGAGGCGAGGUGACGAGAUCAACACGGGUUUAGCACUUCAACUCGCAAUCUCAUCAUCUUGGUUCAAUUUCUUCAUUUGGGGACUUAUUAUGUGCAUCAACUUGGUAAUGGCCAGGCAGGUGCAUCGCAUUUUGGGAGAUAAACUCUGGUGCUGUUGAUGUUAAGGACCAUUAAUAAACCUAACAAAAUUCAUCAGAACCAGCCAAUUUGCGCUAUACGUACAAUUAUGUUGGUGAUUAGUGAUUACAUGAGAAAAUGUCAGGAUACCUUUGGUUGGGAAUUUUAUCAAUGGCGAAAAUGAUUGUCAAUAGGACCUACCAGUCGAUUACAAACCAUUGAAAACGGUGGCGUGCUGAUUGCUGAAUCCUGUUAGAUGUGUUUGAUUAUAAUAGCCAAUCGUUUGUGAAUUUGGAAAAUGGGGUUUGGAGGGGCAGCUCUCACAACUGUGCGGUUCUACAUAUUUGGACGUAUGACAUGGAUUACCUCCUCGAGGUUCUCCGUGAGUGUGAUGUUGGCACUUUGAGAAAAAAUGAUGCCAUCGUUGGAAAGUCUUCACCAGCUUGCUGACAGAUCUGGAUACCAUCGAUCGUGGUUUUCUAAAUUGAAACAUGCGGAGAUCAUUUAACACACAAUGAACAUUAAUUUAUUCGACUCGUGGUCGGUCUCAAUGCGGGUUUUUACAUUUACAAGAAUUGAGUUACUGAUUAUUUUAUGGUUGAUUUAAUUGGUGAUUUAAGAGUUGAUUUAACUGGUGAGUUACUUGAAAAUUCUGAGGUGAUUUCUCGUUGAACGUUGAAACUGAACUGGUUAAUUGAGGGGGUGUAAUAGUGAAAAUAAUUCGACUGGUGACCGUUGACCGAUGAAUCACGAUCAUUGUCGUAGUUUUCCGAUGAUUGGCGAAGUGCCUUCCGAUCCGGUUCAACUAUGUUCUAAACAAAUAUUUAUUGUAGUCCUUAAUUUCCUGCACAAAAAAAAGGUUCUGAUAAAUAUUUUAUUAUCUCUCCUCGAUUUCGAGAUAUUCUUCAAAAACUGGUCACCAGUCAGUGACUUGUCUCGUUCUAUGACUUCACUAUUUGAUUUAGUCAAUUAUAAAUUGACAAUUUGCAUGAAACGAGAGUUACGUCAACUGAAUGCAUUCUACAAAUUUCAUUUCUCCACCAAGAAAAUAAUAUAAAAUAAUAUUUCUUCUAAAAUACAGUUUCUAUGAAUUCAAAACAUAAUUUUAUUUGUCUCAUUUAUUGCAACUUUAGCCAGUCGAACACUAAAAAAUUGGUCCAAAAGGUGAACAUCCUUUUUUAUUCAUUUAUCAGAAAUUUUCAAUAAUAUCAUAACUCUCACCAUAACAGUUUUGGUUUUCUGCAAGAUAAACGGAAUUAGUCGAUCCGAAGAUCAUUUACAAUUACAAUUGAAUAUUGUAUGAUACACAGAUGUCUUUAUGUUACACAGGAUUGAAUCUUUUUCUUGUUUAAAUAUAACAAGUUGACAUAACAAUUUAACAACAAAAUAAGCCAACAAAUAUUAUAAAUACAUGUGUGUUUGUUGUUUCGUUUUAUGCCUAUACAUUAUGUUAUUAUAUUACUUCAAGUAAAAUUAGUCACAUUAUAUAUAGAAAAAAGAAAUUGAUCCGUGAAGUUUUACUAAGUUUACGGAUGAAAUUGAAGUCUUGGAAGUCGUACGCAUGUCGCACAAGAUGUCCUCUCAUUCGUGACGAUAUUUUCUCCCUCGUUUUUUCGAUGAAAAAAAAAAAUUAAUUAUGGAACAACAAAUACUGCUGACAGAGUACAUUAAUUUAUGGAUUCGGAUGAUGGAAUUAUCCUCAUGCUUGUUUUGGAUGUGCCACUGGUGCUGGAUUUGGAUCUGAACGGAAGCACGAAAGAAGAAAACCAGUGUACAAUGCGAACAAAACCCCCAUUGCUAUCAGCAUGUACAUGUAGAUGUUGAGUUCCGGCUGACGGAACCUAUUUUUCCUCAGCCAUUCAAGGACCUCUCCUUCCUUGUGUAAAUCACCUGCAAAUUCAAUUGUCAUUAGCUUAUUUCUGAAUAAAAUUGAAGGGAGGUAGAUAGACAGAUUCGUUCAUUUUCAUAAGCAGUGAAUUAUUUAAGAAACAAAAUAAAGAAAUCAAGGAAAUUUUCUGAACUCCGAUUCAUUUUCGAUGACUUCUUCAAACCAAAAAUGUCUCGCGCUGUAUUUUCUAUUAAUUCAAUUUUAUUUACUCACCUCGAUAAAUACUUGGAAAUUUCUUACGGAAGUAAACAAUCGCCGGUAAUUUUGUAACUCCCCAUUUCCUGGCAUAACGUGUAUCCGCCAUUUUAACGAACGUUAUAUCUAGAUUAUCAGUUUCACUGUCGAUACUUUCUAGUUUUUGAUUAACUUCGGCGCUCUCCUUGUUGUUGUGUUCAUCUAAAAAGCAAAUGUUCCCUUUAUCAAGGCUCAUUAUCCCUUCACACCCUAUCACAAAUCAUUUGUUGUUGACAUAACUUACAGAAAAAAACAGUUACGAAUUCGUUUUCCUCUAAUAAUUUAUCCAACAUCUUCCUGUUGACCUCUUCGAUCUCAUUUUUUAUUUCGAAGACAUCCUGAGAUGUUAGCCACUGCAGAAUCUUGUCAGCUUGAGUCAAAUCUCCAUCGUAAAUUAGGGGCAUUUUUUUUCUAAAAUAAACUAAUGACGGAACGUUGAUGAUUUGGUAUUUUUCCGCAGCCUCUGGACUUGAUAUCUUAACAAAGUCAAUCCCAAAGAGAUCUGCUUCACCGUCGAUUUGCUCCAGAGCUUCCAUUAUCUCAUCGCACUCUGGACAGUCUUCAUCAU